AUGAAAUUUCUCGUCACUCUAGGGCUCCUCGGCGGUGCCCUUGCUGCCCCGGCUCCGGAGUCGGGCAAGCAUAGAGCGCAGUCAUUCGACAUGCCUUUGCAAUGGACACCGUUCGGCUUCACGACUGAUGCCAUCACGAUCGGCAGUCCGCCUCAGAAGGUGGACUCCUUCGUUGACUGGACCUGGAUCGGUCAGUAUGUUUUCACACCGCGCUGCCAUGGGAGCCUGUCGAGAAUGUACGAGUGUCUGCAACCGUCGCAGGCGCUAUUCAACCAGACUGAAUCCCACACUUUCGUCAAUCAGACUCGUCUGUUCCCCAAUCGCGUGUGGAACCCGAAUCACUUCUUCUUCUACGACGAUCUCUCCGUUGGGUUCGGUUCCGACAUCCAGCGGGUGGGCCAGCAAAGCGCUCGAACCACCCUGCAGCUGGCCGACAUGCACUUCAAGCUCGACUUUGCUUAUCCUUUCUCCGGGGUCUACGGUCUCUCGCCUGUCUUCAACAAGGACAAUGCUUCGACGCAGUCGCCCUUCUACCAAAUGUGGCGGCGCGGCGCCUAUCGGUCGCCCAUCACUUCAUUCCAGUACUGCUACAACAGCACCUUCGGCAAUCCAGCACCCGCUCGCGAGCGUUGUGGCGGGCAUGACGGUCUUCAGACGCUAGGAGGCCUGUCGCCGGCUCUGGCGAAGCCAGGACGUGAUGCUGCAUCCUCCAUCUUGUGGUACAAGAAUAUCUUCUUCCCCGUGGUGAACGACAUCAAUUUCGAGUACGAUCCACCGGUGUACAAUUACUGGGCUGUACGCUUGACCAAGCACCUCAUCGGCGACGAGGAACAAACUCUGAACACCACCUACGGUGGCAACCCUGGGGCCAUCUUCGACCACGCCAGCUACGGCCACGGCGUUCCCAUGUCCGUGAACAGCUACAACCGGCUGAUCCAAAUCACCAACGGCCAACCUCUUUCUAUAGAGAAGGACCAGCUGCCAAACAACGGAAACCAAACUUUUGUAUCGGUGGAUUGUGAGAAGGUGUCCUCAUUUCCGCCUCUGAAGUAUCAGUUUCAGGGUCAUGAUCGACUGUGGGAGGUGAUCCCGGAGAACUACGUGGAGAAACUGUCCCUGCCGAACGCGACGGAGCCCACCUGUGUGUUGAACGUGCGUACCUUGGGCGAGGGAAACUUUGUGAUUGGGAAUUUUGGCGACACAUUUGCGAAAGAUAAGAUCGUGUUGUUUGAUUUCGAGAAGAUGAAGGUUGGGCUUGCGGAUAUGCCGAGUUAA